GAAAUGUUCAGUAGUUGAGUUGGGGAUGGAGGGUGAUACCGGGGGGUUGCCUGGUCCUGUCGCUUCGGGAUGGCCUGGUCCAGUCGCCUCGGGGUGGGCGUGAUCGCCUUCGCGUCCGGCGCCGCCGUCACGGCGUUCGUCAAGGCGGCGAGUUCGGAUUCCGGGUUCACCCGCCGUACAUUUUCAGUUCCAGACCACAAGUUCUUCCAUUCUUCGGAGAGGUCAACUCCGACGGGUGAUUUCUCCAAUGGAAUCCCUCCUUACAAAGUUUGGGAGAAGGACUGGGACAGACGUGAGCCGUGUGCGGCGGAUCGGAGGAAGUCACUCCGACGCGGAAUCGCUGAGGAUCCGACGAGAGAAGUGAAGCGGGAGGGCACGGCAAUCCCGACGGCAAACCGCCAUCUCCUGUUCAUCCGACACAGUCACUUUAACAGGAAAGAGAAGAAGGACGAGGAGCGUGGCCUGACUCCGCUGGGGAGGGAGCAGGCAGCGUUGAUCGGGCAGCGCCUGAAGGCCCUGGGGAUCCCCAUCACCGUUCUCGUGGAUUCGACCAUGACUCGAGCCAAGGAGACGGCGGAUAUCAUCGCCUCGUUCUUCCUUGGGGUCCCUCGGAGCCAGACGGAUCUCCUGCGGAAGGGUGCUCCUGUCUCGCCUGAACCGCCCUCAAGAAACUGGAAACAGCCGCAAAUUUAUUUUUCUGAUGGGGCCAGGAUAGAGGCAGCGUUUCGCACCUUGGUCCAUCGGGCAAAUCCCGAGCAGCUGACGGAUUCUUACGAGCUUUACGUCUGCCAUAGCAAAGUGAUUCGAUACAUUGUUUGCAGGGCCCUGCAGUUCCCUCCUGAAGGGUGGAUCCGGCUGAGCCUGUUCCACGGGAGCAUCACGUGGUUGACCAUCCAACCUGAUGGCCGGGUCAUCCUCCAGUGUCUUGGGGAUGUGGGUCACCUGCCCUUCGACAAAGUUACUUCUUAAAGACGGGCUUUUCUUUCUUGAAGUUAUCGUUGUUCGUCCUCCCCUAUUUAAUUCUUUCCAUGUCCCUUUCCACUCGUCUUCUUCCGCUAAGGU